AAUUUGCAUGGAUCGCGUGAAAGAAAUAAUCAAGUUUGUUGAAAGUCAUGAAAGCCAUCAUGCGGAAAAGCAGUGGGUGAUACAGAAGUACAUAGAGAGGCCAUUUCUCAUUUACAACACUAAGUUUGAUAUGCGCCAGUUUUUCUUAGUAACGGACUGGAACCCCCUGACAAUCUGGUACUAUAAGGAAAAUUACAUUUGUAUGUCAUCACAACCUUUCAACUUGGAGAAUCUGGACAACUCCAUACACCUGUGCAACAGAUCCGUCCAGAUGCACUUUAAAAACUGCCCAACCCGUCACCCUGAGCUGCCUGAAGACAAUGUAUGGUCUAGAAAACUGCAGGAAUACCUAUGCAUGAUUGGAGCAGAAAACGCCUGGGAGGACGUGAUGGUGCCAGGGAUUAAGAAAAUCAUAUAUCAAACUAUGCUAGUUUCUCAGUCCAAAGUAACACCCAGAAAGAACAGUUUUGAUAUUUAUGGUGCUGAUUUCAUGUUCAGCGAGAACUUCAAUCCAUGGCUCAUUGAGAUCAAUUCCAGGCCAGACAUGAGUUCACCCACAGCAGUGACUGGGAUGAUAUUUGAAAGUAUUUUAGAGGACACCAUAAAAGUCAUCAUUGAUCGUAAGAAGGACCCUAACUGUGACAUCGGAGCAUAUGAGCUGAUACAGAAACAGGUAGAAGUGUGUCAGGGGAAAGGAGAUUUAUUUGCAACUAUAGAAGAAGCAGACACCACAGUCCAGGCUCCUCUGUCCUCCCUGUGGGCCUGCUUAGUGGUGUAA